AUAUCUUCUGCAGAUUUCACACUGUGGGACAAAGAAAAUAUUAGAAACAACAGCACUAGGCAGAAUCAGACCAGCAGUGCAUAUCACAUUACUGCAUCAGACUCCAUUGAGUCCAAGUCUUCUCUGCUGGAUGUUAGCGCUUCUCUCAAAGCCAGUAUCCUGGGGGGGCUGAUUGAAGUCGGAGGCUCUGCCAGCUAUCUGAAUGACAACAAGAAGUUCAAGAACCAGAGCAGAGUGACGCUUCAGUUCAAAGCUACGACUGCAUAUGAACGACUGACAAUGACUCACCUUGAAGCAAAGAACAGGCAACUGCAAGAAAUCAUUAAGAAAAGCAGCUCAACACACGUAGUCACAGGCAUCCUUUAUGGGGCAAAUGCUUUCUUUGUGUUUGACAGCGAGAAGCUGGAGAGCAGCAGUGUUCAGAACAUCGGGGCCGGCAUGGAAGCUGCGAUUAAGAAGAUUCCAUCAUUUGACUUUGAGGCAAAAGUUGACGUCAAGCUGAGUAAAGAAGAAAAAGCUGUGACUGAUAAAUUCUCCUGCAAAUUCUAUGGAGACUUCAUUCUCGACAGCAACCCUUCAACAUUUGAAGAUGCAGUGAAGACCUACUCACAGCUUCCAAAGCUCCUUGGAGGAAAUGGAGAGAAAGCAGUUCCUGUCAAAGUGUGGCUGACACCGCUGAAGAAACUGGACCCAACUGCUGAAGAGAUGAAGGGAGAGAUUUGUGUCGGGUUACUGAGGAAAGCUGAGAAUGCUCUAGAAAUCAUCAAAGAAAUGGAAAUGAGAUGCAAUGACUCUCUGGAUGAAGACGUGGUUCAGAGUUUUCCACAGAUUCACAAAAAGUUUAGCCAUUUCCAAAACCUCUGUGAAGAUUAUGCAAAAAAGCUCAGACAGGCCAUGGAGGAGAAAGUUCCUGCCAUCCGUGAGGGUAAAGAAGACAAGACUUCACUGGAGAAACUCUUAGACGACCAGGAGAAGUCACCAUUCAGUCUGGAGAACUUAGACAAGUGGUUAGAUAAUACAGAGAGAGAAAUCAACGUCAUCAGGUCCUGUGUGGAAGCAAUGAAGGGGAUAAAAAUCACUAAAGAUGAGUCCGAGUUCGACAGAGCGGUUCUUGCUCAGGAUGUAGACGAUGUCCUGAGCUUUGUUUUCACCUCUGUGGAAACUGACGACCCCUACCUGGACCAGAUGGAAAAGUAUCUCCACAGCCAUGAUUCACAUAAUAAAAGCUUCACUCCACCAACUAAAGACCACUGGUUCUUCUCAGCUGAAGUGGUAGCCAACCUGAGACAGAAAGCUGAAGAGUUCUGCAGCAUGGCCAAAGGCCUGAAGAGCAGCAGCAGGUUUAGUUUCAUUGUGGCAUCAGAAACAAAUAAGAAAUACAAAGGAGCAACCAUCUACCACUACAGGAAGGGCCGUCGGGUCACUGAAGACUUUUCAAAGCCUGCUGUUCCUCAUGUGGAAAACGUUAAAGACAGACAAAAGCUAAUGUGGUACGCCUGUGACCUCACCUUGGACCCAAACACUGCAAACAACUACCUGAUUCUGUCUGAGGACAACAAGAAGGCAACGUGUGGAACAUGGCAGACAUAUUCUGACUGUCCUGAGAGAUUUGAUACGAUGACUCAGGUUCUGUGCAGGGAGGGGCUGACUGGGCACCAUUACUGGGAAGUGGAGUGGAGUACUGGUUCUAGUAAUAACGUUGGUGUAGCUGUUACGUACCAAAGCAUUGUAAGGAAGGGGAAGAGUGACGAGGCAGCGCUCGGUUCUAAUACCAAAUCCUGGUAUUUUGGUGUAUAUGAGCAAGAGCUCAAUGCUUGGCAUAAUGGUAAAGUGUGGAAUGGCACUCUUCCCAGUACCGGCUGCAGCAGAGUCGGAGUGUUUCUUGAUUGGCCUGCUGGCACUCUGUCUUUCUACAAAGUCUCCCAUAACACACUGAAUCACUUCUACACCUUCCGCACCACCUUCACAGAGGCUGUGUACCCAGGCCUCUGGAUAUACAACACAUCCAAUUAUGCUGCCCUACGCCCAGUUUAAUUAGAGC